AUCCCUUACAAUAUUACCAUCGAGUCAAUAAAGUCAGCUGAUCUUUCCUGAUUUCACUUCAUUUUAGUAAAGAGUAUUUGGAGCUUACUGGUUGUCUUAGAAUUUCAGACACACUGCAAAUAUGGACUUCUCCAAGCUGGCCAAGAUUCGAGAUGAGGAGCGGGAGGGACAGUUUGGAUAUGUGCACGGCGUGUCUGGACCUGUGGUGACUGCGUCCAGCAUGGCUGGGGCAGCCAUGUAUGAACUGGUGCGCGUUGGCCACAGCGAGCUGGUGGGAGAGAUCAUCCGCCUGGAGGGAGACAUGGCCACCAUUCAGGUGUACGAGGAGACAUCUGGCGUGUGUGUCGGUGACCCAGUCCUGCGGACUGGGAAGCCCCUCUCCGUUGAACUGGGACCUGGGAUCAUGGGCUCUAUUUUUGACGGCAUCCAGCGUCCACUCAAAGAUAUCAAUGAUUUGACCAAGAGCAUCUACAUCCCCCGAGGAGUCAACGUCAGUGCCCUAAGCCAUCACCUCAAAUGGGAGUUCUUGCCCUCCAAGAGUUUGCGGGUUGGCAGUCACAUAACUGGGGGUGACAUCUAUGGUUUGGUUUCUGAGAACUCUCUCAUUAAGCACAAGAUCAUGCUACCUCCCAGAAACCGCGGCACCGUCACCUACCUGGCCCCGCCUGGCAACUAUGAUGUCUCGGAUGUAGUACUGGAGCUUGAGUUUGAGGGGGUGAAGGAGAAGUUCACCAUGGUGCAAGUGUGGCCUGUCCGUCAGGUCCGACCGGUUACUGAGAAGCUGCCUGCCAACUAUCCACUUCUGACUGGCCAGAGAGUGCUGGACGCUCUUUUCCCGUGUGUGCAGGGAGGGACUACAGCCAUUCCAGGUGCUUUUGGCUGUGGCAAAACCGUCAUAUCUCAGUCCUUGUCCAAAUACUCCAACAGUGAUGUCAUCAUCUACGUGGGCUGCGGAGAGCGUGGUAAUGAGAUGUCAGAAGUGCUGCGAGACUUCCCUGAGCUAACCAUGGAGGUGGAUGGUAAGGUGGAAAGCAUCAUGAAGAGAACAUCUCUGGUAGCCAACACCUCUAACAUGCCUGUAGCGGCUAGAGAGGCCUCCAUUUAUACAGGAAUCACUUUGUCCGAGUAUUUUAGAGACAUGGGUUAUAAUGUGAGCAUGAUGGCUGACUCCACCUCUCGAUGGGCAGAAGCUCUCAGGGAGAUAUCUGGACGUCUGGCUGAGAUGCCUGCUGAUAGUGGUUAUCCUGCCUAUCUGGGUGCUAGAUUGGCCUCCUUUUAUGAGCGUGCUGGCCGGGUGAAAUGCCUUGGUAACCCUGAGAGAGAAGGCAGUGUCAGCAUAGUGGGCGCUGUCUCACCCCCUGGUGGAGAUUUCUCAGACCCUGUGACGUCUGCUACUCUAGGUAUUGUACAGGUGUUCUGGGGUCUCGAUAAGAAAUUGGCGCAGAGGAAGCAUUUCCCCUCAGUAAACUGGCUGAUCAGCUACAGCAAGUACACACGUGCGUUAGAUGAGUACUAUGACAAGCACUUCCCUGAGUUUGUGCCUCUGCGCACAAAAGCAAAGGAGAUCCUACAGGAGGAAGAGGACCUGGCUGAGAUUGUCCAGCUUGUAGGAAAGGCAUCGCUGGCUGAGACGGAUAAGAUCACACUAGAAGUUGCCAAAUUGAUCAAGGAUGAUUUCCUGCAGCAGAACGGUUACACACCUUAUGACAGGUUUUGUCCCUUCUACAAGACUGUGGGUAUCCUGUCCAACAUGAUCGCCUUCUACGACAUGGCGCGCCACGCGGUGGAGACAACCGCACAGAGCGACAACAGGAUCACCUGGUCCAUCAUCCGUGAGCAUAUGGGAGAGAUCCUGUACAAGAUCAGCUCCAUGAAGUUUAAGGACCCUGUGAAAGACGGAGAGGCUAAGAUUAAAGCUGACUAUGCCCAGCUGCACGAGGACAUGCAGAACGCCUUCCGCACGCUGGAGGACUGAGGUCCCUUCCUAGGGCCAGUCGUGCGGCAGGUGAAUGCACCGCUCUGCUGCGGUCCUCUCCACCUGCCUGCAGUGACCUAUGCUGUAGCCACGCAUUCCGCUGCUUCGCUUUCCCUCCUUCUUAUGUAACUAUGUUGUGGUCUGAGGUGUCUUGGCAUUCAUGCAUGUGAGCCAUUUUUAUUCAGUGGUUGUUGCGUGUGUGGUGCGCGCGUGUGUGGUGCGCGCGCGCGUGCGUGUGUGUGUGUGCGUGUGUGUGAUGUAUUUUCAUACCUACUAACCUCUGCCUCAUUCUUCGGUGUAUUUUUGAGAUUGUCCAGUAUCUAGUUGUAGAUUUCAUACAUUCAUUUGGUGUAAUUAUUGUGCCAAUUUUGUCUGUGUACAGAAGAUUUGGGAGCCAUAAUAACUUCAACUGAUAUUUAUUGCAAACAUAUAUUGUACUUAACUGCAUUGUUUGUUUUUGUUUUACUGUUUUAAGCUGUAUUAUUAUCCAGUACAGCCAUUGUAUGAUUGGGGCAUUGCGGUUCUCUUUUGCACUGCUCAUGUGACCGUGUUUAAGUCCUGAAAUAGUAAAAUUAUGACACAUACAGGUUUUUAUUUUUAUGUAUUUAUUUUUUGUAACGUACCCAAGUGAGAACUACAUUAGUGAUGUAGGAUAUGUGAAGCUGACAGUGCUGAUCCUGUUCGGUAUAUGUGAUUUUGAGAUUCUCUUUGUCAAAUAUAUUGACUGAUUUCCUGAUUACA